AUGACAACCUCAACGUGUACAUCGCAAGCAUCUGCAUCACUUAUGCCGCUCCGUGAGAUGCCGCCAUUACUGGAGCUGCAAAAUUACCAUGUACUUGGCCGAAUUCUCUACUACGUGCCCUACCUGUCGCCCCUCCACCCCGGACGCGUCCUCACAACUUUCGGCUUUGUCUCCGCCAUUGUCGAAGCUCUCAACGGCUGGGGUGCGUCGUACUCGGCCAACCAGUCGCUGAGCGACAGCGAAAUGGCAGCCGGCCAUGCGUUGAUCAAGGCGUCGCUCCUGAUUCAGAUCUUCGUGGUGGGUAGCUUCAUUCUGCUCGCAGCCCUAUUUCACCGCCGGUGCAGUGUGCGGGGGAUAAGAAGCCCCCGUUUGCGUGGGCCCCUGAUAACGCUCUAUGUGAGCACCGGCCUCAUCCUGGUGCGGACCAUCUACCGCAUCGUCGAGUAUUUCAGCGUUGCCAAGCUCAAGUUCAGGGAGGCCGGAUUCGACCCCAUGUCCAUGUCACCGAUUAUUCGCUAUGAGUGGUUCUUCUACGUCUUCGAGGCUGCUGUCAUGGCUUGCAACUGCGCCCUCUUCAACGCUCGCCAUCCUAGGCGCUAUUUACCUCGCAACAACAUGAUAUACUUGGCCCAGGAUGGGGUCACCGAGGUUGAGGGACCCGGAUUUAAAGACCCCCGACCGUUUUGGCAAACACUGGUGGAUCCGUUUGAUCUUCGGGGCCUUGCCAAGGGGCAAAGCAGCCAGACUGCCAAGUUCUGGGAGGAUGGUGACGGCCAGGCGAGGUCGAGCACGAAAGGUACCGACUCUGCUGUCGGCGCAGACACGGGCCACGGAAAAUGA